GUUGAUGUCGUCGAUCUUCUUUAGCAAAGCAAUAUCGUCCACAAAUUCAAUUCUUUCAAAUUGGACCAUGUAUGAAACAGGUCCCAGAUUCUGCACUUACUUGGAUGAUAACUAUGUCUAUAUGCUUUUUACUCUAACUGGAAAACCCAUUUUUUCCUCUUAAAUGUCCAAACUUUGCUUGGAUGGCUCCAUCAAUACCCAAAUUCCUUCUCAACUUUUUCUGGGAGCAAGUACAUUUUAGUUAGCACACUGCUCCAACGCGGCAAAAAGGAUUACUCUUUCCGCGAGUGACAUGCCUGAUCAUAUUGAAGCAACAUACAUGACACCUUUGCAAGCCCAUCGUCCCAGCUGGAUAUCCCGUUGGGAUAAUAUAAUUUCUAAGCCAGAAUCCACAGGGGACAGUACUCCAUUGAUUUGUUACAAGGAAGAAAAUAUCGAUAACAGAGGUUGCCUGAUGCAAAACAUACUUACAAUGGAAAAUGGUCUUCAAUCAAGGGAAGGAACACGUAAAGGUGCUGAAGAAAUAAAGACAAGAAUUUUUCAUGCGGAUUUGACUGAGAAACCAGGGAAUUAUGGAAAUAAAAUCAGUAAUUUACUCUUUCCAACUCGAAACUUUUUCCAAAAUAAACAGAAAGCUGCCGCAUUUGAGACAGAAGGCGAUCAUGAGUUGGGCCGCAACUCCAUGGCGUUAGCGUUAACUAUUGGCAAUGAGGGUACUUCUAGAGACUUCAAAGUCAAGAGUAAUGUGCAACCAGCCAUGCCGCGUUUAUACGAAGAACAGAAAGGUAAAGCCAUGUCUCGGUCCCACACAUAUGAUAAAACGGAUGCUUCGAAGCCGGUUGUGGUGUUUGAACGACAUUUUUCGAAUGAUAAUUUCACAUGCUUUAAUCAAGAUGGUUGUAAGUUUCAAAAGUCCUCGUCGAUAUUGUUUCACGAGAAGAAGUUGGAAAAUGACCUUUGUCAUAAAUCUGGACCGAGUGAUGAACAUUUUCGACAUGAUUGUUCGCCUAGUAAAAAGAAUUUCCAGUCCUUUUUCCUCAAAAAACAGUCACAAAACAUUCCCGGCCAACCCCUUAAUCGGGUUCCUUGUUCUUUUCGUAAUGUCGAGACUAUGAGGAUUUGUACAAUGGUAGAUUCUGUGGAAAAUUCACCCGGAGACCCUCCCAAAAUUUCUCAGAGAGCCCACCAUAUUCUAUUCACAAAAGAAACCUGUGUUAACUUGUCUAAAGGACAUCAGAUGAUUGGAAAACCGACCUCUGAUCAUCGAGAAGAGAAUACAUUUGAUGGGUCGUUUAGCACGUCUCCAAAAUUUCACUCAACAGGAGUGAAAAUCCGACCUCUGUCGACCUCCACUGAUAGCGAAGAAAUGGAAAAUACAGGGAAUCCUUCCUGCUGUAAAGCGAGUUCAGGGAAUGAAGCGUCUGCUGAAACCAAUGGAAUGCUACUACGACCAAAUAUGACUAAUCGAGAAGAGAAGACAUUUGAUGGGUAUUUUAGUGUGUCUCCGAAUGUUGCAUCUCAAGAAAGAGGAGUGAAAACUCAACCUCUGUGGAACGUUGCUGAUAGCGAAGAAAAGGGAAAUAUAGGUAAACCUUCCACUUGUAUAGCAAGCUCGAGGAAUGAAGCUUCUGCAGAAACUGAUGGAUUGCGUGUAGGAGCUCUUGAAAGGCUGCAUAUCUUAUUGGGUACUGGAUCGUCUCCAUUAACUAAGGAUGAUACAAUGGAAGAGCGUAACCGACCUGCCCCGUGUGAUUCAAGCACGAACAGGGCCCGAAGCCAAAGGCCCAUUACAGACAUACCCGAUAUCAACGAAGAGCUCCCUGGCAUCCAACCAGCAGUUAGCUCAACAGAUGGAAACGGGCCAAGUACCUCAAGAGUCCAUAGUUUGAGUGCCAAACAACUCUUUUCAUGUCACGAACAGACCUCAAAACCCGAGUGCACUAACACCCACCAAGUACGUUCUGGCCCUGAUGCAAGUAAUAGAUGGAUUAAGCGGCUCAAGCUAAAUUCCGAUGAUUCAUUUGGACUCGGUACUAAGAGUUCAGACAUGGGGGAAGGCUCGUCAAAUGAAAAAUUCAAUAUGUUCUUCAAGAAAAUAAUGAAAUGCAAUCGAGAAAGUCUCGAUGCUAAGCUACGCAAUUAUCACGGUAAAGAACAAAUGGCAAUAGAUCAGAAUGUCGAGUCAAUUAGAAGCGGAGACCUUUUAUCCGUGGGUUCAAGGAAGAGAAAUCGAAGCGUGGAUCAUGGUUGCUCAUGGAUUCAGAGAUGGUGUUCCACCGCUUCUACGCCUAGUAAACCUAAGCCUCUCGUUAUUUGUGAGCCCCAUAGCUGGAAGCUCGGGCAGGAUGAGGUUGCAAAGAAGCAGUUCCCGAGUAUUGAUGCCAUGGCGCUGAUGGGGAAAGCCAUGAAUGGAUUUAAGUCCUGCGAAUUCACGAAAAGAGGGCCUGUCGUAGUUUGGAACACCAAAGAGUAUUAAGAAUUACAGGUCGAGGAGUGCCCAGUUGAACCUCGUCUGCUGUAGUUUGAUAUGGUCAGUUGUCGUUUGUCGAUUACUUUUUAUUUCUCGAUUAUUAUAUGAGUUUUAAUCUUUUGAGAUUAAGACGUUGACACUGUUUUAUUAUUAUAAAAUACGUUGAUAACUUGAUAUUUUGAAUUGUAUUAUACAGCAUGAUUAUAAUUUUGAGAUCCUUUGUUGA